AUGGCCGAGGAACCCAAUGGAUCGAUCCUGUCCAGGCGCAGCAGCAUCUGGUUGAAGGAUAUCACCUCCAGCGGCUUGGCCAAGUUGCUCGCAUUCGAGACAUCUCGAACAGCCCUGCGGCCGGGGCGAGACUUGUACAAGAGGCUUCGAAAAGACGAUUUCCGUAUUCUCAACAUCGAACAGUAUGAAGCGUCUGGUAUCGCCGCGGCUAAAAGACACUCGUGCUGCCUUAGCACUCACAAGUUGAGCUCGUUCCCCAACGAAGAUGGCUACGCAGCAGUAUCCUAUACCUGGAAGUCGCAUGCCCAGCGCUGGAACUUUGGCCUUGACCAUGCCUCUGUCGAAGUACAGGGCCAAGUGUUUCCUGCUGCUGCUCGAGUGGCGCCCAUGCUGGCAAGCCUUUAUGAGAGCGGAUUUCGAAACGUUUGGAUAGAUGCUCUCUGCAUCAAUCAACUGGACGUCUCUGAGCGUAGCAACCAGGUCGCACGUAUGAGGCAGAUCUACUCGAAUGCGUCGCAAGUCGUGGUUUUUCUAGGCUCUGGUUCGCCCAACACGGAUGCUCUCUUCGACUUCCUGAAUCAUGGAUCCAUCAAAGGUCUUCGAAUGUCUAGUGCAGAGCUCUCUGGUCUUCUUGAAGUCGUCUCCAACCCCUAUUGGCAACGUGCUUGGAUCAUUCAAGAAGUCGCUGUUGCUCGGAGCGUUGUGCUCAUUUGCGGGGCUAAACGUACGUCCUGGGAUCGCCUUGUGCAUAGCAUGGCCCGUUGGGAUGUCUCAGAGUGGGCACGUCCGAUCUCUUCAGGCAGCGAUUUUCCGGGAAGAGAAAUCAGAAUGAUAGACAAUUUUCGAACAGAACGGCAUGGGUCCCUCAUUGAAGUCCUUCAAAAGACGCGCUCUUCUAAGGCCUCCAACGCUCUGGAUGUGAUAUACGCCAAACUCGGACUUGCGAACGACGCCUCUACACUCGUGUCCAGGGUCACAUACAGCAUAGAUGCUUCCACGUUGUUCAAAUCCAUUGUCAAGCGCCACGUCACGGCGAAACACGAUCUCUACAUCAUCUGCCUCGUAAGAGAAAGGCAAGAGGACGGGGUUCAUCUUCCGAGCUGGGUUCCUGACUGGACCAAGUCGACAAACCGCUAUCCGCUUCUACGCUUCUUCUUCUCGGGAUGGGUGAAUAUCACUCACCAAGCUCACGCGAAGAUGAAUGUCAGCUUUUCGAAUGACCUGAACGAGAUACGUGUUCUCGGCUUGCUCCUAGACACCUUGGGACCGUCUGCCUCUUCAAAUCUAGAUAAGGAAGCUGCUGGCCAAUCUGCAAGAGAGAUGUUUCCCAGUAUCUGCAGGGCUGCGCUCGCGGCUCACUUCGUCUUGCCCAGGCAGAGCGAGUCGGCCAGUAUCCCCCGGGAGUUCGUUGAUUUGUUCGCAUCGACUGUGGCACGACUCGAAGACGAGGAUGAGAGGGAACGUACCCACACGAAGCGAACCCUUCACAGGACAUUGUAUGCCAUGGCGGAUGCUCAAGAUACUGAUCAGCGACCUUGGGAAGUGGAGCACCACUCUAAUGAGUUGAGCACAGAUGACUUCAGGCGUUGGCAUGAGGCUAAUCGCAAAGUCGUGAUAGCCGGGCGGACUGUUGCAGCAUGGGCGAAGGCAUACAGCACAGUGCUCGAGACUGGUGACAAAGAGGUUUCGGGAUCCGAGAACCUCAGCACUGGUGGCCUAGAAAGAUCCCUCACUGCUAUGGCCUGGAACCGCAAGCUAACCAGUACUGUUUCAGGCCGUCCAGCACUCGUACCAGAAGCUGCCAUCCAAGGUGAUCUCGUUUGCGCACUGUACGGAUGCCCUGUGCUUGUGGUCCUUCGUCAAAACAAACACUACAUCUUCAUUGGAGAAUGCUUCGUGGAAGACUUCAUGGACGAGAAGCAGCACUUUAGUGCCCUUGUGGAGCCAAUGCGAGAGAUGAUGUUCAACCUGCGCUGA